AUGACUGGGGCAGCGCCGAGCGCAGAAGAUGUCGAAGAUUAUGAGGACGAGUUUGAGGAGGAAGAGGAGGAGAAUAAGAACGCAAUGAAUAAGGAGAAGGAGAAGGAGAAGGAGAAGGAGAAGGAGAAGGAGAAGGAGAAGAAAGAGGUCAAGAAGGAUGAUGGCCACAGUAUCUGUUACUUCAGAAACGAAAUGGAAGUCUUUAUCAAGGACGCCAACGACCAGACGCGUGUGGUGUAUUUCGAAUAUGAUGACAAGUAUGGGGGAGACAAGGAACAAACGUUUGUUUGCCAGAAGCAAGAGGACUGGGAGGAUGUUUUGGCGAUGCUGGAUGAAGAUCAGGAGUAUCUCAAGGGAGAACUGCCGGUCAGGCUGAAGAAGGACUUUUGCUUCAGCCUGUUUGAGGGGGAAAAGCUCCUCAAGGAGGUGUUCGUCCCAGAGAAGUGCAAGUGGGAGGACUUUCUCAAGAUAGCGAAAGAUUCCCUCAAGUUUGCGAUUGAUGGUUUCAUCUAUGACAUCGAGACAGGGAAAGACCCAGAAUAUGACAUAGAUUGCAAGACCAAGGAUGAAUGGCUGGAUGUCAUAGAUAUGAUGAAUGAUGAUUUCCACGAGCUGUACGGAUGUUUAGAGGUCGACAUUUUGAGGGCGAAGGCGGGUGCAGAGCAGCACGGUGAGAAGGAUGCAAAGAAGGAUGCGCAACCCAAGGUCGUGGAGGUUGAAAGCUCAGUCAUCCCUGCGGAGGAAACGAACAGGACUUUGCAUGAUCUGGUAGGGCAGGCCGCUGCCAAGCUUCCCGCUGCUCGAGACCAAAUCCUGACAGACUGUCUCACACACGAAGACGUCAAAACAGGAGUUAUACCUGCUCUGAAGCUCAACCAGAUCUUGCAAUCGAAUCUUGGGUGUUCCGAAACAGUAGCACAAGAGAUUCUGCAAAAAUUUCCAAGGUGUAUACAUGGGCCUCGGCAUGAAAACGUUGAUUUCAGAAUGUGGGCUCGGAAUGCUCGUAUCUUUACAGAUCAUGACAAGGACGUCUUCAAACAGCUACAUGACAAGAACAUGCAGAGAGCAAGAUUUUCGCUCCUGCAGAAUAUGAAGCGUACGAGAGAAAUUCUGAAAGAGGAUGAACAGGCUUCGCUAUCACAACUCGAAAACUCUUUGAGGCAGCAUGGCGGCGACAUUGUGAGCUCUGAAUUGGUCCGGCCGUUGAUCGAGUCCUUCAGCUCACUGCAGAAGAUACAAGGUUCUAAGUUCAGGGAAUGCAUCACCGGCCUGAAGAUCACUGACUGCCACCGACUGGUCAUGGAAAGCGUUGACUAUCACAUGAUGCUACACUUUUCGGAAUCUGCGAACACACUCAUUGAGGAAAGCAAGAAGUUGGAUGAGGAUGCUGUCAUCUCUGUCGACAAGUUCUGCGAGUUGUUUGGUAAUGUACCCCAAGACUAUCUUUCCAUCAUCUUUGGUCUGGAGCAGAAACCGAAGAGUGCAAAGAUGCCUUGCUCUGUCCUGUUCCCGUACAUUGCAAAAACACUCUCUGCGGUAACAGAUGAAGGUCAAGUCAACGCCAAGAAAGUAGCGCAAGAUCUGGUCAUUCUGCACGCUUCAGAGAUCGAUGCGAUACAAAGAUGCAGCUCUCUGAAGCUGCAGAAGGCCAGACGUAGAAUUCUGGUCAACCGGGACGAGAUCAAAAAGAAGGUUACCUCCAAAGAUGACGAGGACCAGUUUUUCGAUAUUCUGACCGAACAGGAUGCAAAAUGGCGCCUAGAAGAUGAUGAGGCAGACUUGUUGAUAGGGGAUACACUCAAGUUGGAUCAGGAUGGCAACAAAACACGCGAUGUCUUAGAAUAUAUGGAGGGCCUUACGUUUAAAGACUUAUGGUCAAAGGAUCUCAAACCCUCCUUGAUCGAAGUCUUGAAUAAUUUCGAUGAGAUCGAAGGCAAGAUCAUUUCUGCGAACGGCACCAACUACUACAUGGAAAUCGGCUCGCUGGAAGACAUUUUAUCAGAGGCUGGCUUCAACGAAGCGGCCAUUGAUGACUUGGUUGAAGCUGUAAAUGCCUCCGGGUUCGCCAAGUAUUUUCCAUGGAGAACAUUUCUCUACCUCAAGUUUCAAGUGCUAAAGCCAUCGGAACUUGAGAUAUACUCGUCGUCGUCUGAUGCUGACUCCCAGAAAGGAAGGAGAACCUUGCUAGCGCACCUUGCGCAAUUACACCUGAGUAUGAUGCAGGCAGGUUCGACGGAGAGCGCGAAGGUCGAGGAAGUCAAGAAGUACCUGACUGGUCAUCUGAGCUUAUCUAAAGAGCAAACAGCAGAUAUCAUUCGUGGCUGGACUCUGAAUCAUGUUAAGGGAGAUAUCAUCAGGCUUGGCACGUUGGCUGAGUGGCGAAUCUGCUCAUUAUCGACUGUUUGCAACGAUUCAGCAAUGCAGGAUUUUGUGAAGCACAGGAUUGAAAUGCGAAAACUUCUCGAUGACGAGCCUUCCUCCGAUAAGAUCUUCUCCUCCGUCCCUGUCAAAAAUGUUGCCAAAGAACUCUACCAGCUCGGGAUGGAUCCAAGGAUGGUGGAAAACCUCCUUGCUAGGAUGGAGACUACCGAUGACGGGUCAGCGGUCUUCUUGAAUCAGUCGGCCUUGCGGUUCGGAGUACUCACUGAUAGAGAGGAAGCGUCGCUGCGUGCAGUCUUGGACGAUCGUCUGCAGCUGGCUUGCAGGACUCUAAUGAGAGUCUCGCCCAAGGGAAUCAAAGUUACCGCGGAUGAGGCGUCGACUUUCGCUGAGAGGGUCAGCUCCGCCCUGCACGAGGACGAGGCUGUCAGGAGCGGGGCGGUCAAGAGAGAGUCUCUGGACGAGGGUGUAGCCCUGCUGGUGUUGUCGUACCUCAAAUCUGCCGACCAACCUUUAGAUUCGCUUUCUUCAGACGCCCUGCUCUCCUCCUUGCGCAACGACAUGAUCGCAGUUGAUGCCGCUGACUUCAGUGAGGUCGGCAUCUCGUCCAGACCCUCGGCGAAGCCUCAGGGUCAGCCGGGUGGAUCCGACGAGAACUACAUGCUCAACCUCAGUGAAGCGCAGAGGAUAUUCCACGAGAAGAUCCUGAGGCCGAGGACUCCCAGCAUGCAGGACCUGAUUGAGAUCAUGAGAGGGAUGCCGGCGAGCGUGGGCCCGUCCCCUCUGAGAGAGGAGGUGAGGAUUGGAAACAACUUGCCGUCCGCUGCUCUCAACAUGGCGAUGUCCGCCUCGAACGAGGGCACGAGAGGGAGCGUGUCGCUUCUGUCAGUUCAGAUCAUGAAUGCCGACGGAGUCCCCAAUGUCUCGGCAAACAAGUUUCGCAUCCUAGGCCGUCGUGCUCGCGUCUGCCUCGUCGACGUGGCUCAGCGAAAGUUUGUCGGCGGGUCCCACAUUGUUCCGAUCUCUAACAAGCGAGACAAGGGCGGGAUCAAAUGGGAGUUCUCCAAGAAGGAGGAAACAAACCCCUUCGUGCUCCGAGCGCCGUUGAACGCAGGCUUGCAGCUCUAUGUGGAGUUGUCGUCGGUGUGCAAGAAGGUCGGGUCAACAAGAGAAGGGCAGGAUGCCCUGCACAAGGGAGAGAUCAAGGAGCUUUCCCUUGGCUUUGCGUGUCUGGAGCUGAACCAAGAGGUCCUUAAGCUCAAAGGAAAAGUUCACCUCAAACUCUUCGGAGGGACUCCGUGGGGAUCCAAGGAAGUGACGGCAGCGGAGAAGAAAGGGUUCUUCUCCCGUUUCAGGAAGGCGAAGGCGGAGAUCGUUCUUAGCGUCUCCAGCUUGAAGGGAGCAUUCAAGGCUCUUCCUAACUUGUUGGUCUCCCCCACCGCCAGCCUCGAGGCCCUCGAGCAGUUCAGCCUGCUGACCCUGGAGAGCAACAAGGCCUCUCAAGGCGCAAGCAAGGUGUUGAAAUGUGACGUGGCGUCGGCUACGUUCCCCGCCAUCAUGGACACGCCAGACCUCAUGUUCCAGUUCGUGCGGAAGUGGAAGAACCAGAAGCAGAAGACCAACCAGCAGUUUGUCGACUGCGUGAAGCAGUUCUAUCCUCUGGUUCACCUCUCCACCCGGCAGCUGCCCAAGUGGCUGGACAUCGGACACGACGAGAGCGAAGAGAGGAGAAAGGCAACUAUCGACAAGUAUCUCACAUACACGGAAGGAAAGAAGAACAAGACGGUGGUUGAUGCGCUGGUAUCCGAGUUCAGCGGAGAGCCUUUCAAUAUCAGCGAGCUGCUAGCAUGA